ACCCGCUCUCCAAAGAUGGUGGCGUAGCGUUCGCUUUCAACUCUGGUCACCGCCGCAGUUUGUUGUCGCGGACUUUAAAAAAUAAACCGUACCAUUUUGUUAUAAUUUACAUUUUAUAAGAAAAUUUGAAAAUAUGCCUAAUAUCAAGAUUUUCAGCGGUAGCUCUCAUCAGGAUUUAUCACAGAAGAUCGCCGACCGCCUGGGGCUCGAGCUCGGCAAAGUGGUCACCAAAAAAUUCAGCAAUCAGGAGACUUGCGUGGAGAUUGGCGAGAGCGUACGGGGUGAAGAUGUUUACAUUGUACAGAGUGGUUGUGGAGAAAUCAAUGACAAUUUAAUGGAGUUACUCAUCAUGAUUAAUGCCUGCAAGAUUGCCUCAGCCUGCCGUGUCACUGCAGUCAUACCCUGCUUCCCAUACGCCAGACAAGAUAAGAAGGACAAGAGUCGAGCUCCUAUUUCAGCAAAAUUAGUUGCUAACAUGCUGUCUGUGGCUGGGGCAGAUCACAUCAUCACCAUGGAUCUGCAUGCCUCACAAAUACAGGGUUUCUUUGAUAUUCCAGUAGAUAACCUGUAUGCUGAACCAGCAGUCCUAAAGUGGAUUAAGGAGAAUAUCCCAGAAUGGAAAAACGGCAUCAUAGUGUCUCCAGAUGCUGGUGGAGCCAAAAGAGUUACAUCUAUUGCUGAUCGGCUGAAUGUAGAUUUUGCACUGAUUCAUAAGGAGCGUAAAAAAGCCAAUGAAGUUGACCGAAUGGUUCUGGUUGGUGACGUAAAGGAUCGAGUAGCAAUCCUUGUUGAUGAUAUGGCCGAUACUUGUGGUACAAUUUGCCAUGCUGCAGACAAGCUACUUUCUGCUGGAGCAACCAAAGUCUAUGCUAUCCUCACACACGGAAUCUUCUCCGGUCCUGCUAUCUCCCGUAUCAACAACGCCUGUUUUGAAGCAGUAGUGGUCACCAACACAAUACCUCAGGAGGAUAAGAUGAAGCACUGUCCCAAAAUACAGGUUAUUGAUAUCUCCAUGAUCCUUGCUGAAGCAAUUCGAAGAACUCACAAUGGAGAAUCUGUCUCUUAUCUGUUCAGCCAUGUUCCAUUGUAGUGUCUAUGCACUGCUGUUGCAGUACAUGCUAUUUUACCAAAUUGUUUCUUUUCCAUGAGUCCUUCUGUUGCACCUGCCAUACCAAAAGGUUAAAAAGUAUUCUUUGCUUCUGCUUCACAUUGUGGUACACUUCUAUCUGAACUGAAAUUGAUUAGACAUUUCAGUAUGUUAGAUGUUUCCAAUUAAAAGCAGCAGCUACAAUUGGGUUUGAUAUGUAUAAAACUUAACAACACUUUUCUUUAUGUAGGGCUAUAUAUCUGGUAUUUACCUUUUUAAAAAAUCAUGCCUAAUUUUUUUUCUGUACUCUAUGUAUUGCAAUAUUGAUUGCUACAAGUCUGCAACAGUGUAAGCUUACCGCUGUUUUACUCAGAGCAGGUUGUUACUAGGUGCUUACAAAUAUUUUGGCAAAACUGGAAUAGAGAUGGUGUGCUAGGGAAAUUAAUGUAUUAAAUCAUUUUUAUUCCCUGCUUUUUCAUAUUGUAAAAUUUGUUUCUAUCAUUGCAACAGCACAUUUAAUCAAAUUCUGUAUAUUUUCCGCCUGAAACAGCUCAACUGUAUACUGCUAGAGAAUGGACAAAUUAUUUUUGUCUUGGUUUUAUGCUGUUUUAUGCCUUAUUAAAUGUACAGUAAUUUAAUAGUUAUGAAUAAUUCCAGUAAUGCAUGGUAGUGAUAUGUUCCUCCUGAGUUGUAAUUGGUUUGGAUUGAGCUCUUUUCAUAGUCAGCAAGAAGACAAUUCAGUUGACAUGCCAAGAAACUUUAAAUUAAUUGGAACCGUAAUGAAUAUAGCUCAUUCAGGCAGUAUAUCCGCCCUUAAACCUGGAUCUAAAAUAGUUUUAUUUAAAACCAAAUGAACUUUUUUUUAUAGGAAACAAGUGGAGAAUUGUAUUUUGUUUCCAUCAAAUUCAAAUAACUUGGAUAAACCAAUAUAAAUUUAGUCAGUGUUGCAAUUUGAUUUACUUGAUUUAUUUCUUAUUCUGUGUACACAUAUAUGAGCCAUAUAUUUAAGAACAAUAGUUGUGACUUCAUGUAGUUUGCAACUCUGAGUAAUUUUGUUCUGUAUUUUUGUAAUGGGAUAGAAAGACACUAAAUCUGUCCAGUUGCUUGCACAUAAGCCAGAAGAGUAGCAAAUUGAUUUUGCCCCUAGUUUGACAGUAAACUAUAAUGCUGGUGCAUAUUUUUUAGUAGUAUUGUAACUUUGAAGAACUCAUUUGAGUGAAAUCUUGCUUGAGAGUAUCUUGGAAACUUUUUUUUAAGGACACUUGAUCAGUUUAAUAAGAUGGACAUGUGCAGAAUUUUGAAAACCGCAACUAUUCUGCAACUCUUGUCACUUGCAAAUUUGAAACCUGAGGAGAUUGUCAGCUGAAAUUAACCUUUCCUUAACCUCUAAAUAUAUUGGAAAUCUAUAGGUAAUGAAGCUGUAGAAUGAACUUUUCAUAGGUUAUCAGGUGUCUUUGCUUAACAAGGCCAGGCAUAGUCAAUACAUUGAAGCCUUAUAAAAAUAAUUUACAGACAUAGUUUCUGUUGGAAUGCUGGUUCUGUUAGGGAUGUUGCUGUUUGUUCAACACCAUCAAAUGACUUAGGAUUGUAGAUGCCAUUUUGUAAAUGUCGCAUAAUUGAAAACGUUUUUGGGAGUGUUAAAAUGCUGGCUUGCACACUUGGGGACUAAGUUCCAACCAAGGAUAUAAACAUUUUGAUUUACCUACUGUUCAAUUCUAAUGUGAAACAAGACUCCUUUUAAGCCACUUUGCAGUUGCCCAGAGCACAUACAAUGGGAUUAUUUUAACCAGUUGGCACGCAGGCAAGUCAUGGGGAAUAUGUGGAAAGUCUCAGCUUUGUCUACGUUGCACACCUUAUGUUGUGACGUCAUUGAGUUGGGAUUGCUAGAUAAAAUUGUGCAAAAAUUGUAUUUCUAAAACUCAGUGAAACUUGUGUUUACUGUUUUAGAUGAAGUGGAUACCAUUUCCCUAUUGUGAAUAUAAGCAAGACAUUGAAAUAUUUUCUAUAUUUGCGCACACAAGGAUCACAUUCAUAGUUUAUAUACUAAUUUGUUGAAACGAGACUCUAAAUCACAGAAAGGGAUAGGGAAGGGUUGUCCCUAUGCAUGAUUCAAUAAUCUGGAUGAUAUUGUUGCUCACUCUGGACUUGGCUCCCAACUGACCCCACUUUUGUCCCUUUUGGACUAGCUCAAGCUAUUCUGAAUUGUCUCUUUGGUUUCAGAGUGGUAAUGCGUGGAAAGUCUGAUCUAGUGCUGUAUAGAGCUAUAUUAUCUCACACGAGCUAUGUAUAGCUUUUGGGUUCUUUGGUUGAACAUUGGACUGGAGUUGCCUUAUAUACAUAUACAACCCACACAUAUGUCAUGAUCUGAGCGUAAAAAUAUUGAUUUUUUUUUAAGGCUAUCUCAAUAAAUUUGGUGUUAAACCCUGUACAGUUAUAUUGGGACAAUUUCCACAUAUUCAAGUCUGCAAUUGUUACUCCGUUUUUAGGUUGUUUUCUACAGUAUGGAUAAAAGCUGAAGAGCUUACGUUUGUCCAAUCAUGUGCUCCAAUA